AUGCUUCCCUACCUCCUUCUAGCUGCCGGACAGCUCUUUGUUUCAACAUCCGCCGCGUUAACCUACAAGGGUGCGGAUAUCUCUUCUCUCCUCGUCGAAGAAGCUGCAGGCAUCUCUUAUAAGAAUGUUGCUGGUACAACGCAAAAGCUAGAGACUAUCAUUUCAGCCAGCGGUGUCAACUCGGUUCGCCAGCGUUUCUGGGUGAACCCAAGUAGUGGAUCGUACAAUCUGGACUACAACAUUAAGCUUGCGAAGAGGGUGCAGGCACAGGGUAUGGGCACGUACCUCGACUUGCAUUACAGUGAUACGUGGGCGGAUCCGAGCACACAGACUGCUCCCUCAGGCUGGUCCACAACCGAUAUUGGAGUCCUAGCUGGACAAGUGUACGACUACACACUGAAUGUAUGCAACAAGUUUGCGGAAAACAACCUCGAUGUAGACAUUGUCUCCAUCGGCAACGAAAUCCGCGCCGGCCUACUCUGGCCGCUAGGUGGAACAAGCAGCUACAGCAACAUUGCCCGACUUCUACACUCCGCCGCGUGGGGUGUGAAGGACUCCGCUCUGAGAACCACUCCCAAAAUCAUGAUCCACCUCGACAACGGCUGGGACUGGGGCUCUCAGUCAUACUUCUACAACCAAGUUCUUGCAUCCGGGUCUGCGCUCCUCUCCACGGACUUCGACUACAUCGGCGUUUCUUACUAUCCCUUCUACAACCAGAAAGCGACACUUGCUGCACUGAAGACGAGUCUUGUGAACCUGCAGGCUACAUACGGGAAGGACACGCUGGUUGUCGAGACAAACUGGCCGUAUGCUUGUCCCAACCCCGAAUAUGCGUUCCCGUCGGAUCUUAAGGAUAUUCCAUUCUCGGUUGCUGGACAACAGACUUUCCUUAAGAGGCUCGGAGAGGCUGUAGAGGAUGCGGGUGGAUUGGGAGUUUAUUACUGGGAACCUGCUUGGGUUGAUAAUGCGGGACUUGGGAGCAGUUGCGAUGAUGCUGUGCUCUUUGCUUGGUCCAAUGAUCAGGCUAGAGCUAGCCUGAGUACGCUGGGUAGUCUGUGA